AUGACUUUAAAAAAUGACUUUUUAGACUUUCCAAGUAUUUUCCAGGGUGUUAAUGCUCUUAGAAAAACUCUGAGUGCAAUUUCAAGUAUUAAUGACUCUAUUAAUGAUGCUGCAAAAGCUGCUGUGAAUGCUACAAACUUAGCAGUAACAGAUAUUGGAUGUGGAAAUUUAUCAAGAAAUCAUGCUUCAAUAAUUUCGACACUAUUUACUCCAUCAAAUAUAAUGUGUAAUUCACAGGGAGGUACUGAAGUUGGCUCUAUACAUGGUUCAAGUAGUUAUUUUGGUAUAAGACUUGUUAUGUUUACAGAUGUAGAAAAGAGAUCCAUGGGAUAUAUCAAAGUAAUUCCAUAUAGUAAACUUUUCAACUCAAUUGAUAUAUACUGUAAUUGGAAAAGAAAAUAUGGAAGUAGAUUAAUUGAUAUAGAACAUACUGACAAUAAUUGUACUUAUGAGCUAACGGCUGACGAUGUUGGGAGCACUAUAGUUGUUCAAGUUCAACUAAAAGGAGAAUUUGAUUCUAAUAAUGGGAUAUUAUAUGGCGAAGUAGGGCCCAUUAAUAUUGAUAAAGAAACUAGAGAAUCCAUUUCAAAAACCCUAGAAGCAGGAACUAUAAGAUUCCCAAUUUUUAUUUUAGAUAAUAGUUUAGAUAUAAGUAACAUUGCAAAAUCUCAUAGCUCUAAUGACAUUUUGAAUGAUAUACCAAAUGAUAUUCUAGUAAUAUCAUACGAUGAUGUUAAAGUAAUAAAAAAUGGUUCAGGAAUGCCUGGAUACUCAAGUAACAAGAGUAUUGAAUGGUCUGCUAAAUACUUUGGUGGAGAUAUUGGUAUAUAUUUAGAUUAUGACCGUAAUAAUGUAUUUAAAAUAUCAUCUGGUAGAGAUGUACAUAAGCAACAAGUAGUGUUAAGAGCUACGAGCAAGACAGCAAGGGACAUGAUUGCAUUGACAAUACGUUGUUUAAAUUCUUUUCACAAAGUUGUAUUAGAAUCUAUUAUUAGAGGCACAAUCCAAUAUUUUAAUAUAGAUGAUAAUAAUGAGGCAGAGUGUGCCAAUAAUAUUGAUUAUUUAGAUAUAUUGGCAUAUAGUGAUCGGCUAUUAAAUGAAUUGAAUAUUUCUGAUGAGAAACGAGAGAAAUAUUUGAUGGAAAAAAAACUAGCAUUAAAGGAAAAGAGAAUCUUAGAAAAUGAAAUAUUUGAGACAAUAGCAGCAUAUCAAAAGUUGUUGGUUCAAAAUUCAAACUCAAACAAUAUAUGCAACAGUGUAAAACCGAUAGAUAAAAAUUUGAAUGAUCCUGUAUUAACUAAGAGUAUUGAUACAAAAACCCAAGAAAGAUCAAACUCCAUGUACUCCAAUAAUACUAACAGACAACGUAAAAUUGGGAAAAAUGGUUUAAUUAAUGGAUUUUCUGGAAAGAUCGUUUCAACUGAGAAAUUACCAAAUAUUCCAGAGGACAAUACAACUAAUGAAGUUUCUAGUAUGGAAAAUCAAUUAAUUAUACAACUUCAAAUAGAAAAUUCAAAGCUCAAGAGCGAAGUAUCUGAGUUGAAUGGGGCCAUAAAACAAGAAAAGAGUAAAAUCAUUGAAUUUUCUGAUUUAGAAGAUGAACUAGUAAAAAAGAGAAACGAAUUACAAUUAAGUAAAGGAGAAGUUAAAGUUUUAAAAGAAACAAUAGAAUCUUUAAAAGAGCAAAUUAAACAACAACAGCUAGAGAUUGAUAACAUUAAAAGUAAUGAGACAAAAGAUAUUAAAUACUAUCUCGAGAAAACACAGGAAUUACAUCAACAAAUUACAGAACUUCAAUCUCAAAAUACCAAAAAGCAAAAGGCAAUACAAGAUUUAUUAUCUGAUAAAUCUGAAUUAUCUAAAAACUCUACUAAAUUAGCUAAAGAACUUGAAAAACUCCGCAAGCAAUAUAAUCAAUUAAAUAAACGUCUAAAUACUGUAACAAUUGAAAGAGAUAAUAUCAUAAAAGAAAAUAAAAAAUAUAUUACAUCUGAAAAUAUUCAAGAUCCAAAUAUACAAUUAAAAAUAGAUAACUUGGAAAAUAAAUUAGCACAAAAGAAUAUAGAAAAUCAGGAAAUGAAGAAAUUGGUCGAAUUAUUAAAAUCUCGUAUUAGAAAGCUGGCAUUAAUAGAUAAUACUGGACACUGCAACUAA